CAUUUAUUCGCGUUAUGAAUGGCAUUACCUUCCGGUUUCAAACAUUAAUAUGACUGCAUAUAUUGCGCAAUCUGUCUACAUUUAGUCAUCAAAAUACCUGUUUUUGUCUCUCUUCUGGACUCAGUAAAAAUUCAUGUGGAUCAGUGAAGGAACCCACUGCACGAUGAGCCAAUAUGGUGGCCCAUCGCAUCAGUGUCAAACACUGCCUUUAUCCAAGCAAUAUGAAACAGGAAUUCGAUUUGUCGAUAUACGAUGCCGACAUUUCAACGAUGGCCUACUGAUCCAUCAUGAUGUUAUCUACCAGCUUGCAAACUUGGACAAUGUUCUUGAGGUGACGGAGAAGUUCUUAGACGCACACGACACAGAGAUCGUCUUUAUGCGCAUUGAUGAAGAGUGUAAACCAGAGAGCAACACUACGACCUUUGCUGAAGCUGUCCAACUUUGUCUCAAUAGGUUCUCAUCUACUCUAUUUUAUCAAGGGGAGGAGUUUCCAUUGGUGGAGGAAGCUCGGGGAAAACUUGUAGUUCUACGAGACUAUGAUGGUGGUUCGGGAUCAGUCGGGCUUCCAUACGGGUCUUUAGAUGUUAAAGAUGGGGGGAAGAUCCCGAGUUUACUUCUUGAAGACAUUGAGGCAAAAUGGCAUACCGUAAGGAGCAAUCUUGACAGAGCCAAGCAAGGAUCAGUCAGCUCUAUGUACCUUACCUAUUGUAGUGGCACUAGUGCGCUGGCUUGGCCACUUGCUGUUGCAGAGCGUGUGAACUCGUACUUGUCGGAUUUCUUGAAGGGAAAAACUAGAUGGGGAAUUGUUGCCAUGGAUUUCCCUGAUGCUGAGCUCAUCGGUAAAAUUAUCAAGUCAAAUUUUUAAGCGUUUGGUUCACACUUAAACUGAAAGUGUGUUAUUCCUGCUGAUUUCAAUACACAGAAUUACUAAGGUAUUUCGGAUUCGUCCAUGGAUUCGUCCACCAGUUAUGACAAGACAGUAAGAUUUUAACUGAUUGGUAACUUUUGGGGAAUAAUAUUGCCGAAUAUUUCCGAUAUUUGUAUUAAGGUAAACUUAGGCAACAUCUGUAACAUUGAAAUACCUCAUGAUCACUUCAUGGUCGCUCUGUAUUGCUUUGCUUUGGUAAUUAAUAAUGCCGGGAAAUAAGCAAAAUUCGAUGGCAACCCAAUCCAAGACGUUCUAUUUGUUUGGGAUUCAUAGGUUAAAAACCAAAAUAUUUGUGUCUUUAUUUAAAAUGAAAACUAUAGACAAGAAUAGUUUGAUUGGUAUUGAUCCAUUUUAUUAUACAUCAUUUUUAAUCAUAAUAGACAAUAAGUGUACAUUUAAGACCAAAACAAAGCUAAUUCUUUGACAAAAAGACACUUUUUACGAGCAAAACAUCCUUACAUUCAGGUAAUUCUAAAUAGUGGUUUUAUCAAGGUUGAUAAAUAAAUAGAAAAUUAAAUCAAAUCAUGUUAAACUUCAAAGGUUAAAGUUAUAGCUGUGUAUAUAAGUUACUCAAAAAGUAUUCACCAAAGUUUAUGGGAACAUGAAGGCCUUGUUCCUAUUUCCAAGUUUUUUAUCAUUGCUAGGAAAUGAAUGGUCACUCUGUAUUGCUUUGCUUUGGUAAUUAAGAAUGCUCAGACUAUAUGAAUACACUGAGGACAGGACUGUGGUAUCCCAAGUAGCCUGAAAUUAAACAGGCAGUGGACACUAUUGGUUAUUGUCAAAGACUAGCCUUCACAGUUGGUGUAUCUCAACAUAUGCACAAAA